ACACCGCCACGGGGGGGAAACGAUGAGCACAGCCACUGCAAUCGAACGUCUCCGAACAUCAUCCGUCCCGCAUCGGGCAUCUGGAUUCUGAGGCCUUUUGCAUUCAUUCGGGCUGUGCCUUUCGUCUCACCUCACCCACGAUCAUCUCCCGCUUCUCCUCCUGAGGACUGUCCUCUCAUACUGCUCUAACCGAACCUUCUCUUCCGACAACCCCCCCCUAUUCUACCGAAAUACUACUCGACCACUAGUUGCCAUCAUGUCCUGGGCAGGAUUCAAGAAAAAUGUCAACCGCGCUACGACGCAGGUGAUGAUGAAGACGGGUCAUGUGGAGCGCACAAACGAUCGCGACUAUGAGAUUGAAGAGCGUCGGUACCGGACGAUGGAAGCGGCCGCCAAUCGGUUACAGAAGGAAGCGAAGGGAUACUUGGACUCGCUACGAGCCAUGACCGCUUCGCAGAUGCGUAUUGCUGAGACCAUCGAUGCUUUCUAUGGCGAUGCGGGAACCAACGACGGUGUGAGUCGGAGCUACAAGCAAGCCGUGGAGGACCUGGAUGCCGAAACGAUCAAGGCCCUGGAUGGACCGUACCGGUCGACCGUGCUGGAGCCGAUUUCCCGAUUCUGUGCCUACUUCCCCGAUAUCAACGAGUGCAUUAAGAAGCGCAACCACAAGCUCCUGGAUUAUGAUUCGAUGCGCGCCAAGGUGAAGAAGUUGGUCGAGAAGCCCGACAAGGACGCCACGAAGCUUCCCCGGAUGGAGCGCGAGACGGAGAUUGCCAAGCAAGCCUACGAACAGUUGAAUGAGCAGCUCUUCAACGAACUCCCCCAGCUCAUCGACCUGCGUGUGCCGUACCUGGACCCCAGUUUCGAGGCGCUGGUGAAGAUUCAACUGCGGUUCUGUGCCGAGGCUUACUCGCGCAUGGCGCAAGUGCAGCAGUACCUGGAUGCGGAGACGAGGGAUCAGUACGCCCGGGGCGACCUGGACAACCGGGUGGAAGAGGUGUUGCAGGAGAUUCGGGAUUUGAGCAUAGCCGGAACUGUGUAAUGGGGUCAUAUUGCUUUGGGUGGGUUCAUUCAUUUCUUGCUUGUGUGUUUUAUUUAUUACCCUGCGAGCCUGUCGUGUUCUCUGAUAGCCGCUUUAAUUAUUCUUGCUUGUGCAUCAAAACCGCUUGGGGUG